GGGUCCUUACUUUAUAAACAUCCCCAGCAUAUGAGAGCAGAGGACAUUGACAUGGUGUGAGACAGGAGCCCAGGGAGAAAGAAACUAAGACUCAAGGAGCAAGGCAAAGAAAAGCAAGGAGACAAGACCAGAGUAGUCUGCCCAGAAGCAAGAAGUGUCUGAGAGGGCUGAGCAGCAAGAAUGGCGCUAAGGAUGCUCUGGGCUGGACAGGCCAAGGGAAUUCUGGGAGGAUGGAGGGUCAUCUGCUUGGUGGUGUCUCUGCUUCUUCAGCACCCAGGAGUUCACAGCAAGUGUUACUUCCAAGCUCAAGCCCCCUGUCACUAUGAGGGGAACUAUUUCACCCUGGGUGAGUCUUGGCUCCGUAAGGACUGUUUCCAUUGCACCUGUCUGCAUCCAGUCGGUGUGGGCUGCUGUGACACGUCUCAGCAUCCCAUCGACUUCCCUGCUGGGUGUGAAGUACGCCAGGAGGCAGGAACCUGUCAGUUUUCCCUGGUGCAAAAAUCAGACCCUCGGCUUCCCUGCAAAGGGGGGCGACCUGACCUAGAAUGGGGCUCAGCUAACACCCCUGUUCCUGGAGCUCCUGCUCCCCAUUCCAGCUAACUGGUUACCCAUCUGCUGACUGCUCUCUGCUGCUGCCUCUUCCAGGGAAACCACUAGCAGCUGCCAAUUUAUUCUGAAUAAAUAAAUUAAUGCU